AUUUCUAAUUAAUGCCCAGACAGUAGUUGGGAAAGAACAUUAACAAUUUAACAUUCACAAUUUUCACAAGAAAAUGGCUACUACUCGUCCAGUUAAAGAAGGAUGGCUCUAUAAAGAAGGAGGGGCAGCCAGGAACAAGUGGCAGUUGAGGUGGUUUGUCCUCAGAGCCGAUACCUUGUUCUAUUAUCAGAAGAAAGAAGACACUAACUGCCUCGGCUCCAUCAACUUGUCUCUGGUCGAGGACGUGUCUAAAGUAGGGGAUCACUCAGGCAGAGGACACUGUAUGGCUAUAGUUGGUGUGAAAGCUAAUAAGAAAGUCUAUUAUCUGUCAACUGAAAGCAGUGAGACAUUGAAUGAAUGGUUCACUGCUUUUAAAGCAGUCACUGGUCUCCACCAUACCAAACCAGUAGUGUCCAGCUACUGCACAGCUGAAGUCUUCAUCAAUAAUAGUGGCAUUAGAAUCAAUGGGGACGUCAAUUAUCAAAUAUUAUCUACUCUCUCUGCACGGACUCCUCCUGAAAGGAAAUCCCGUGACCACUUGGGUUGGUUUUGUUGUCGCUCGGUAGCAGUGUCCACUGUCCUUGGGGUCUUCAGUCAGUACAGGUGGAACCCUGACAAGGUCUACAGGAGCACCGGUCUACUCCCUAAUGAACCAGGGGUCCACCCACUCAUCCGGAUUAUAUUCAGUAGGACUGAUCCCACUGACCCUCCUCCUUCUCCUGAUACUGAACCAUCAGCUGCCAGCAGGACUGGACCAGCUGAUGAGCUCCUUGAAGGAGCUGAUGAUGAACUCAUUGAACUUAUGAAGGAAUUCGGUAUUCCACUUAACUUAUUGCAAGUUUAACCAUUAUCUUUGGUGUAACGUUAUAUCAUUGUGUGUGUUCAGUCACUUUUAAUUUCAUUGAUAAUAAUAAUAAUUUUUAGUUUCAUUUUCCCAAUUCCCAUACUUAUUA